AUGUCAAUCUCAGGAGUUGUUCGACUUGGAAAGCCAUCAAGAAAGGCUAUAUUCUCAAUGACAGAUUCAGCAUUGAAUAAGAUAAGAGAGAUGAUGGUGACAGAAGGAAGUGGAAAGAACUUUAUUGGAAUGAAGCUGGGCGUAAAGCAGAGAGGGUGUUCAGGCUUGGCAUAUACAUUGGACUUUACUAAGGAGCCUCCUAGCAAGAUGGACGAGGUCGUCACUGAUAGAGGCGUGACAGUGGUCGUCGACUCAAAGGCACUCAUGUCAGUCAUUGGCACAGAGAUGGACUACAUCGAGGAGCCCAUUAAGAAGGAGUUUAUAUUCAUUAAUCCCAACGCUACAAACACAUGUGGGUGCGGCGAGUCCUUCACAGUCAAGGACCCAGUCAUCCAGUUCCCUACCUUGAAUAAAGUCAAUCAACUACAACAUUAA